UAGGUUUCAUAGGGCCAUGCAUUUUUACAUCUAGGUGUAUGAACUUACUGUGAUAGCAGGGUGUAGGAUAUUAUACCACAGACAGGAAGCGGGGAGCAGUUUACAUCGGGUCGUCUGCGGAAGCUUGGCGGCUCUUUGACGGCGAGAUCUCCGUAGUGCCAAAUUCGGCCAGUUACGUCAAAAAGAAGAGACAAUAUGGCGCAAUUUGUUCAUUUACCGAAUAGAUACACAUGGCUGCUGUUCGUGUUGUUCGUUUCACUGAGUCUGGAAAUCAACGCAGAGCGAUCUAUCAAGAAGCUGAAAGGUCCUUGUGGUGGUCGCGAUUGUUCAAAGUUGGGGAAAUGCGGAUUCUGCGUUUCAGAGAAAGGCCGCCGGGGACCCCCUGGUGCUCAAGGACCGACCGGUCUGCAAGGAGAGAUUGGUUUCCCGGGUCCUGAAGGAGUCAUGGGCCCGAAAGGAUAUGGUGGUCUUCCUGGCAGACCUGGGAAAGCUGGAGAGAAAGGAGACAGGGGGACUAUUGGCGUGCCUGGAUAUUCAGGGAUCAACGGAGUUCCUGGACACCCUGGAGAGUCUGGUCCCAGAGGAUACCCCGGUAAAGAUGGGUGCAAUGGAACCAUGGGUGACAUGGGACCUGCAGGACCUCCUGGAUACAAUGGCUUAGAUGGAUUACCGGGUCCUGAUGGAAUGAAAGGUGCAAAGGGAGAACCUGCUUAUGUGAAUGUUGAGGACCUUACUAAAGGUGCAAGAGGUGAACGUGGCCACACUGGACCAAAAGGACCUUCUGGAAGACCUGGUACCACUGGUCCCUUGGGUCCCAAAGGUUACCCUGGCAAACCAGGUCCACCUGGAAGGCCAGGAAGUAAAGGUCGAACAGGUCCUCAAGGCCAUAAAGGAAUUGGUUACCAGGGAGAGAGUGGUGAAAAGGGUGAACCUGGCCCUCCAGGAUUACCUGGUAGCCCUGGAUUUUUGACUGGCCCUCCUGACAGUUUGUUUACACCAAUUCCUGGACCACCAGGAAAUAAUGGGUCAAAGGGAAUGAAGGGUAAUGUCGGCAUGCAAGGAGAACCUGGUUACCCAGGAUUUGAAGGAGAAAGAGGAAGAUUUGGUGAAAAGGGAGAGAAGGGCGUUCGUGGAUUGGCUGGAGGACGAGGACCCACUGGUGCAGCCGGAGUACCGGGUUAUGAUGGCAGACAGGGAGAACGUGGGAUGCCUGGAAGAAGUGGAAUUGAUGGAGCUCCCGGUAUGAAAGGGGAGCAAGGAGAGCAAGGUCCAGUAGGAGCAGCAGGUCUUCCUGGAUUACAGGGCCUACAAGGACCUAUUGGUUCUCCCGGGUCACCAGGAAAUGUUGGUAAACCAGGUACAGCAGGACCACAUGGUCAGCCAGGAAUAAAUGGUUUUGAUGGACCACCUGGUGAAGAUGGUCUACCUGGUCAGAUAGGUCUGCCUGGUAACCCUGGUGUGCCUGGUGUUGGUGAAAAAGGAGAACCAGGACAGAAAGGUCGUAAUGGUAAACAUGGUCAGGAUGGUGUCCCAGGUUUACCUGGUGAAGAAGGGCCAAGAGGAUUUCCAGGAAUUUCUGGUGAAUCCAUUCCUGGACUGAAUGGAAGAGAUGGCCCGCCCGGAUUACGGGGUGAACCUGGACAGCCUGGUGCGAGAGGUGUAGCUGGUGCACCUGGUCAAAUUAUCACACCAGAUGGAGAUCAUAUGGUUGGUCCACAAGGUCCAACAGGAAUACCCGGUGUACGUGGUUUAAAGGGUCUCAAAGGUGUUGCUGGUAGGGAUGGUGGCCCUGGAGAAAAAGGAGAGAAAGGGGGUGAAUGUGCGUGUCAAGAUGCAGUAGGGGAAAAAGGAAGUCCUGGACCUCCUGGCCAAAAUGGUCUGCCUGGACUAUCAGGGUUACCUGGCAUCAGUGGCCAGCUGGGUGAGCCUGGUGAACCAGGAGAAUCUGGUGAAAACGGACCAAGAGGAUUUGAUGGCCAAAAAGGAAGAACUGGUGAGAUAGGUCCACCAGGUCAAAAAGGUGAACCAGCAACUUUGGUCGGAGAUGUUAAAGGAGAACCAGGUGAACCAGGUUUGCCUGGUGGUCAAGGUGAACCAGGGAUUGCUGGAAUUCCUGGUCAAGAUGGCAGAUCUGGUAGAAGAGGAGCACAUGGAGAAAAGGGUGAAGUUGGACCGCAAGGUUUGCCAGGUCUACCGGGUUUAAAAGGUUUCCAAGGACUUAAAGGUAGAGAAGGGAGAGCUGGACAAGAUGCGUUUGGUUUGCCUGGUCAAAUUGGCUUCAAAGGAGAAAAAGGAGAUGAAGGAUUCACAGGACCACAGGGUUUUCCUGGAUCAAAAGGAGAACCUGGUGAGUCACUAGGAGGAGUUGCUCCUAAAGGAGAAAAAGGAGAGACAGGAUCACCGGGUAGAGUUGGAUUUCCUGGGCUGAAAGGUACAAAAGGAGAACAAGGAAAAACUGGGGUUGAAGGUGUCACCGGGGAUGAUGGAGAGAGAGGUGACACUGGUGAACCUGGAUUACCUGGAGUGCCAGGAGAACAAGGUCUAAGAGGACCACAAGGCGAAUCUGGCUUGCCAGGGGUACCUGGUUUAUCUGGUGAACGUGGUGUCACUGGUAUACGAGGAGGCAAUGGUAUGAAGGGUGAAAAAGGUAAAGAUGGUGUUUCAUACCCUGGUCCUGCUGGCCCUGCUGGCCAGAAAGGUGAAGUAGGAGAACCGGGAGCUAAGGGAGAGUCUGGAAGCCAAGGAUUCCCAGGAUUAGUUGGCCUGCCUGGUCCUCCUGGAUUACCUGGUUUAGAGGGAACUCCAGGUUUAGAGGGUUUGCCUGGAAAAGAUGGUUCACCAGGUGAAAAGGGUGAAUCAGCACUUGUUGGAAGGAGAGGUCCACCUGGACCAGAAGGACCAAGUGGUGUUACUGGUCCACCAGGUAAACCUGGGAUUAAAGGUAAUAGAGGACCACCAGGUUUACCAUCAAGUGGUAAACUAAGGGGACCAAAGGGAUCAAUUGGAUUUGCUGGAAGAGAUGGUGAAACUGGUCUUAAAGGUGACAAGGGGUCAACUGGUUUGCCUGGUGAAACUGGUAAACCCGGUCCUGCUGGAGCAGAUGGUCUUCCUGGAACUCCCGGUCCACCUGGACCUCGAGGUGCCAAUGGUAGAACUGGACCAAAGGGAAGCGAUGGCAUAGAUGGCUUACCUGGUCUUGAUGGUAUGUCAGGACUUUAUGGCAAAAAGGGAGCUCCAGGUAAACAGGGAGCGACUGGUCCUCAAGGAUUUAAAGGUGAAAAAGGUUCACUACCUCCGGGUGGUUUGGUCGAUGUCAGAGGACAAACUGGUGAGAAGGGUGACACUGGGCCAGUAGGAGAACCUGGACAGCAAGGUCUUCCUGGACCUGAUGGACCCAAAGGAAACAGGGGAAACCAAGGUAUUAAGGGUUCCACUGGUGUUUCUGGAAUACCAGGAGAAUACGGGCGGAAUGGUUUACCUGGAGUGGAAGGAGAAAAAGGGGCAAAAGGAGCAAGAGGACGUAUUGGACUACCGGGUGUUGUUGGUAGACCUGGUCCCAUUGGCGAAACUGGCAGAACUGGUUUGCCAGGACCUUCGGGUUUUAAGGGACAGAAAGGUAUGUUGGGUGAAGCAGGUCAACCUGGCCUACCUGGUAGGGAGGGAAGUCCUGGGUUACAUGGAGAAAAUGGACCCAAGGGAAUGCAAGGCAGAAGAGGUUUGCCUGGACUAAGUGGAUUAGAUGGACCAUCUGGUCAAAAGGGUGAAAGAGGUGCCAUUGGACAAUCAGGACCAAAAGGUUACCCAGGGUUGGUGGGAAUGAAAGGGGAGGAUGGAGCACCUGGAUUUGAUGGUUUGGAUGGUCGACCUGGAAGGAGAGGAGAAAAGGGAAAACCAGGUGUAUCUAAUGUUGCGGGUCCACCAGGUGCAACUGGAAUUACAGGUGUUAAAGGAGAAACUGGUUUAUCCGGUUUACCUGGUGAAUCAGGUCCCAUUGGGCUUAAGGGGAAGAGAGGCAACCCAGGACCAGCGGGAUUUUCUGGAAGACCUGGUCCAGUUGGUGAACAAGGUUUGCCAGGUUUUCCUGGACCAAAAGGAGAACCAGGUCUACCUGGAGGAGUUGGUAUCCCUGGCAGACAAGGUUUACCUGGAAAGGAUGGACAAGAAGGGUUUACUGGGCAUCAAGGUUUGCCUGGAAUUAAGGGAAUGCCUGGGUUGCCAGGCCAAAAUGGUCUUGAUGGUGUUCCUGGUAUUCAAGGAGAUACAGGACCAGCAGGUUUAGUUGGUCUUACUGGACCUUCAGGCCAAAAAGGAAGUGUUGGAUUACCAGGAUCUCAUGGGUUUUCUGGUGACAAAGGUGUAAGAGGAUUUCCAGGAAACCCAGGACGGCCAGGUUUUCCAGGUCUUGUAGGAGAACCUGGGUUCAAAGGUGAACCAGGUAGGUCUAUUGAACCAACAGAUCUUGUUGCUGGACCAAAAGGAAACACUGGAAAACCUGGUUUACCUGGAUCACCUGGUUUGAUUGGCAGAACUGGUCUUCCAGGACUACAAGGUUUUAAGGGUGAUCAAGGUGAACGUGGUUUGGAUGGACGUGAUGGAAUACCAGGUUCACAUGGACAGAGAGGAAAUCCAGGCCCUCGUGGCUUUAUUGGACCUAAAGGAAGCCCAGGACGAGAUGGAACUCCUGGUCGAUCUGGUGUAGCUGGUCCCGCUGGACGUGUUCGUCCUCCAGGCCAUCUUAUUGUUCGUCACAGUCAAACUGUUUAUAUACCGGAGUGUCCAGCUGGAAUGACUAAACUUUGGGAAGGUUACAGUUUGCUUUACCUUGAAGGGAGUGAAAAGGCUCACGGUCAAGAUUUGGGUCAAGCGGGGUCUUGCAUGCCACGAUUCAACACGAUGCCAUUCAUGUACUGUAACACACAAAGUGUGUGCAAGUAUGGAAGUAGGAAUGAUAAGUCAUAUUGGUUAUCCACCACAGCUGCUAUUCCUAUGAUGCCCGUUUCUGUUGAUAUGGUUCCUGAAUACAUCAGUAGAUGCUCAGUAUGUGAAUCAUCUUCAAUUGCUAUGGCAGUCCACAGUCAAGAUAUGGUAAUUCCACCUUGCCCAGAUGGAUGGAAAGGAAUCUGGCUUGGCUACAGUUUUGCUAUGCAUACAGCGGCUGGUGCUGAAGGUGGAGGUCAGUCUCUAUCCAGCCCAGGUUCUUGCUUACAAGACUUCCGUGCAACACCUUUCAUAGAGUGUAACGGUGCAAGAGGUCACUGCUUCUUUUACAACAACCAGUACAGUUUCUGGCUUACGACAAUUUCUGAGGAAAAUCAAUUUGGAACACCUGAAAUGGAAACGCUGAAAGCUGGAAACUUACGAACAAGGGUUAGUCGAUGCCAAGUGUGCACACGGUUGAAUCAGUAAAGAGCUCCCAUUGGGAACAAGGAAACUCUUUGAGCACACUAACUCAGUUCAAAACAAAACCGAGAACAAAUUCUGCUCACACAUAUGCCUUGUAGCCAACAAUCAUUGCAUUUUUCCAUUAACGCCAUUCAGCAUAUACUUUACAUUGAGUUGGUUUAAUCGUGUGCGUAUGUUGCCAAUUGUCCAAUACCACUUUCAGGGGACAAUGCUUUUAACUAAUAUCAUUCAAACUGAAUGAGGCAGUAUUCAGCACAAUACAGCAUACUUACAGUGUUUGUUGUUUCUGUACAUAACGUGAUUUUUUACUGUUAUAUCAUUUAUACCUUUAUAGCGAAUCUCUUUCCUUCCCUAAAAAUACUGAACCAGCUACAGGUGCCUUGAUAGCAAAUCCACGUCAGUCAGGAGAAUAUAAUUUAUUUUAAAGGCAACGUUAAUUUUUCUGACCGCCCGUUUUUUCAACCUCCCAUGCUAUAAACGUACAAUAGUUUAUAACUACACAUGCUUACUCAAACCGUUGUUUCAUUUUGUGUGCAACUAUGCCCGAGUUAAAUUAAAUGAUUUACACGA